GGGAUCAAAGCCACAAAACCCUAAAAAAAUGGGUGGAAGAAUGGACGAAAGUAGCGGAGGGAAAGAGAAAGAGGAAGAGCCAGACGGCAUGUCCGUACACUCUCCCUGUAAAGCCUUACCUUCAUCCGCUUCCUCUCUCUCCAAGGAGCAGUCGCAGGUUGAAUUAGAGCUUAGGUUAUUAGAAGCUCUUGAAAUCUAUCCUCCUGUUAAACUCCGAGGGAUACAUCGCCACUUUGUUCUUUAUGGUAUGAUGGAGUAUCUUGGAAGAAGCUUUGACCGACAGUUCACAGCGGAUGAGGUUCUGCAGCUACUCGAUCGUUUUUACAACAUCGAGAUGCUGAAAUCAGACGAUGAGGACAUUGACAUUCUGAAUCAUGAAGAAGACUUUACUUUGCCUCAGAGUUUCUUUGAUAAGGAAGAACAAUGACAGAGCAAGAAGAGGAGAUCUUUGUUUCAUUUCCCAUCUUUUUGUAUAUGGUUAGGUUUUGUCCUCAACUCUUAUGCUAAGUCUUCUUUUCUGUAAAUUAUGCAGUUUGAAUGUCCAUCGACCAUCAGCAAUAAUGAUGUUUUUUACUCUGUCGAAGAGUUUAAUAAUCAUAACAAGCUUUUUUGUUUU